AUGGCCCGGGUCUGGUUGCCGGUGGUGUUGCUGCUGGUCAGCCCGGGGCUAGCUCCCGGAGUCCAGGGAAAGCUCAGGAAAUGGGAGCAGCUGGAAGCUGUGAAAAGGAGCAUUCUGGAUUCCCUGGGACUGGCGCAGCCGCCGCUCAUCCGCCACCGAGCGAGCAAAGAGGAGGAACAGCACAUGCUCCGGCUCUUCCUUCGCCAGCACAGCUACAUCUACAGCCACCUGAACCGCUCCGCCGGCUCCCGGAGCUCCGUCCAGCGGCGGAUCCCUAUCAUGGUCGAAACACCCAGUUACAGCGGAGUGACUACACAAGAAGAGGGACAGUUUGCUGGGAAGUUCACCCUUGGUAUUGCCAGGUCUAAGCUCCUUCACCCGGGUUUAAAGGUGGUUCGUGCUGAAUUAAAAUUUCACAAACGUCUCCAAACUACCCAGCAUCUUGAAAAGUUAAAUUGCAGUUUUCGAAGGCAGGUGAAUGUUUACAGGAUAUUGGAGAGCAGGAAUCCAGGUGGAGAACAGUUACAGCUGAUCGAUUCCAGUGUCAUACACUCUGGGCCCAUCACUACGUUCACUCUCAAUGUUCAACCACUUAUUCAGCUCUGGGUAGACAGUGGACUGCAGCAAAUCCGAAUGCAGCUCGAACUAUACCCACUUCAGCCUGACAUGCUGCUGCUGAGCUUAACCACAGAUUUGAACAAGGAUCUGAGAUUGGAAAUUGAGACUGAGGAAGUACAAAGUAUAAGGAGAGCACGACGAGCAACAAGUUCAACUGAGGAUUGUCUCAGGAGACAGAAGAACUGCUGCAGAAAGUCUUUGCUGGUGUCAUUUAAAGAGAUUGGGUGGAAUGAUUGGAUCAGAGCACCAGAGUCCUACAACAUGUAUAACUGUGUUGGAUCCUGCCAUGCCAAUUACAAACCAGCCAACAUGCAUGCCAUGAUUAAAUCUGCCAUGCACAAGCUCUCUGGUGGAGCCAGACCAGCACUGUGCUGCAAUCCUGCUGCCUAUGAACCUAUGACACUGCUACACUAUAGCAGCGAGGGCAAGCUCACACUCACAGCCUUUGAUGACAUGAUUGUCACCAAUUGUCACUGCUCCUGA